AUGAGCAGCAGUGGGUCCCCACCUGCCCCCAUGCAGCUGUGCUAUGAGAAUGUAAACGGAUCCUGUGUGAAAUCUCCCUACUCGCCUGGACCCCGGGUGGUUUUGUUCGCGGUGUUCGGCUGUGGGGCUGUGCUGGCCGUGUUCGGAAACCUCCUGGUGAUGAUUUCAGUCUUGCACUUCAAGCAGCUACAUUCUCCAACCAGUUUUCUCAUUGCCUCCCUGGCCUGUGCUGACUCUUUGGUGGGAGUGAUUGUGAUGCCCUUCAGCAUGGUCAGGUCCGUGGAGAGCUGCUGGUACUUUGGGGAGAGGUUUUGCACUUUCCACACGUGCUGUGAUGUGGCCUUUUGCUACUCUUCUCUCUUCCACUUGUGCUUCAUCGCCAUCGACAGGUACAUUGCUGUUACUGACCCUCUGGUCUAUCCUACCAAGUUCACAGUGUCCGUGUCAGGAAUAUGCAUCAGCCUCUCCUGGGUCCUGCCCAUGGUGUACAGUGGUGCUGUGUUCUUCACAGGUGGGAAUGACGAGGGGCUGGAGGAAUUAGUAAGUGCCCUCAACUGCAUAGGUGGUUGUCAGACUGUUGUAAAUCAAAAUUGGGUGUUGAUAGAUUUUCUGUUAUUCUUCAUACCUAGUCUUGUUAUGAUAAUUCUUUACAGUAAGAUUUUUCUUGUGGCUAGAAAACAGGCCAAAAAGAUUGAAAAUACUAGUAGCAAAACAGAAUCAUCCUCUGGAACUUACAACGUGAGAGUAGCUAAGAGAGAGAGAAAGGCAGCUAAAACCCUUGGGGUCACAAUGCUAGCAUUUUUGAUUUUAUGGUUACCAUUCAUGAUUGACUCAUUUUUUGAUUCUUUUUUGGGCUUUCUGACCCCUUCCAAGGUUUAUGAAAUAUUUUGCUGGUUUGCUUAUUAUAACUCUGCUCUAAAUCCUUUGAUUUAUGGUUUAUUUUACCGUUGGUUUAGGAGAGCAAUAAAACUUAUUAUAACUGGUCGAGUAUUAAACAACAGUUCCUCAACCAUAAAUUUAUUUUCUGAAGAAGCCUAA